AUGCGAUGCUAUAGCUCGACCAAAGCCCCUCCCAACAGUGUCGGCCGACGUCGAUUAUUAAGUCCUCCCAUGCUGACCGCUUUACUCGAUCGCCUUGCUGUGAAACCUAAUAUGUAUCGCGAGGAGAUGGUCGAGUUCCUCGAGAAAGAAUUUAAGACUACUAUUCCUGCCUCCAACAUCGGCCGAUCUUUGAGACGCAUAGGAAGAAGACGAUUUGGAUGGGCUCCAAAAGGCGUCACGCCAGUUCAGAUCGACCGUUUCCAUCGUGACCAAAGGUACCAGAUCUUACCAGCUUACACGCAAGAGGGAAUCCUGCAUUAUGAUAUUUUCCCUGGCAGCACAGAUAGUGCAAAGUUUGAAGAGUUCGUCGAGCAACUGUUGCAUCACUGCGGUAAGUGGCCCGAGCCAAACUCGGUCCUCGUGAUGGAUAAUGCAUCCUUCCAUCGAUCACCUGUAAUUGAGCAGAUGUGCGAAGAUGCCGGCGUCAAGCUCUUGUACUUGUCGCCUUACUCGCCCGACUUCAAUCCAACAGAAGAGUUCUUUGCUGAGCUCAAGUCCUUCAUCAGGCGUCACUGGCAUGAGAAUGAACACUUUAUCCAGAUAGAUUUUGCUUCAUACCUAGAGUGGUGCGUGAACAGGGUCGGGUCAUGA